GUGUAGGAGACUGGAGAAGAAACUAGAGAUGGAGAGAGAGGAGCUGGAGAGACAGAGAGACAUACCAACAGGAUCUGGAAAGGCUGAGGGAGUCAAUGAGGACGGUGGAAAAACAGAAGGAACACCUCAAUACACAGAUGAAGUUGAAGCUGAACAAGACCGUCACCAACCCUGGGAGUUUUAACUUCAAAGCUCAGCAGGCUCCCCUCUCCCAGUCCUUCCGAGGGGAUCCUCCCCAACUGUCCCAGUCCUUCCGAGGGGAUCCUCCCCAACUGUCCCAGUCCUUCCGAGGGGAUCCUCCCCAACUGUCCCAGUCCUUCCGAGGGGAUCCUCCCCUCCUCUCCCAGUCCUUCCGAGGGGAUCCUCCCCUCCUCUCCCAGUCCUUCCGAGGGGAUCCUCCCCUCCUCUCCCAGUCCUUUCGAGGGGAUCUUCCACUCUCCCAGUCCUUCCGAGGGGAUCCUCCCCUCCUCUCCCAGUCCUUCCGAGGGGACCUGACAGCUGAUUGGAGGAAGGGAAGAGAGGUGAUCCAGAUCCCCAAGGUCCUUGUCUCCCCCAGCCUCUCUGUAGCCACCAACAUUUUCCUGGAGCAGCCCCCGGAGGUGCCCCCUCGCAGGGAGAGCAUCAGCCCCGGGCCCUCUAAACCAGAAUUCCCCAUCCACCUGAUCAGCACAACCAACCAGGUGGUUCACAAACCAGGGGCCGUGCAACAGCAGAUACCCACCAAGCUGGCUGUCCUUGGUAACAAGGGCAAGGAGAAGAGCAGUAAGAAGAGGUCCCACCACAAGCGCAAUCACAGCGCAGCGUCCAUAGAAAUGUCUCAGGUGGUGCCGAUCAGAGUGACAGGAAAUCAGAGUCUGAGAGGGAAGAAGACUGUGAGCCCACAGAGAAACUACCAAUUAGAUGAUUUCUUCAGUCCUCCAGAGCCCCUGUCCAGCGUUAAGCCCUCCCAGACCCUGUCGUCCAGCAGCAGCAUGAGGACCAAUAACCAGAGCCACGUCCCUCCACCUCCCCUCCACCCUUCCCCAAAGACAUAGUAAGCAAACCAACCAAGGAGCACGUUAUCUACCUGUAAGGACACAGGCGACACCAAAACCCUAAGCCAGGGCUCUGAAACUGGCGGCCCAUGUGCCAAAACCGGCCCACGAGUGAUUUAUAUUUGGCCCGCCAAAGCUCUGUUCACAGUAAAGAUGUGAUUAUAUAUAUUUUUACUGAUUGGGCUUUCUAAUUGCUGGUACUGUUCCUGUUGAAUUUCCACAUUUCCAAAAUUCAUUUCUAUUGUUUGGAUGAGUGCUUGUCUCUAAACUCUCUCUGCACUCAAGUCUUUAUGUUUUUAAGCCUUUUUAAAGAUGAUAUAAAUUCAUGUUAGGAAGCUGGUUAUUACUUUGAAUUGUUUACAGGUCUGAGGUGCCAAGCACGUUACCUCAGAGCGCAUUAGAAACUCUUUUAAAUCUGAAUUGACCUGUUCCUCGUUUUGUAUUUCUUCAUGUCAUAUAAUGUAUGGAAGUAAAUGUUCAUUUAGCUGUGAGGUGUAAAACUGACCAGUUUACCAGAUGCAGAUUAAGUUUAGUCCAGCACUAAAAAAAGAUUCUCAAUUGAGAUUCUCCCAGUUUUUAAUUUUUUUGUUGUCCAAGACUAGGCUUAAUCUGUGUCUGGGAAAUGGGCCCUUAUGGUAUGGGAAUUAUGGUGUAUUAUAACACUGAAUAAUAAUGACUACUGUACUAAAUUAUGCCAAUUCUCCUGUGGUUUAUGCCAUUUUGUGAUUUUUGUUAUGAAGUUUACAGGAGAGGGUUUCAUGACAUUUUGUCAGCAUUUUGUCAGACAGCUUCUCCACACCCAUAUCAACAUGGAUUGUUGUCAAGUUUUAGUUUAGUUAUAACGACAGGAAAGUUUGUGUGCGAGAGUGAAAUGUUAGAACUAUCUUAUGUGUGUACUUUGAACAAGAGGCAAAGCGUUUUGCCAGAUGGUUUUCUUCAUUGUGUAACUGUCAAAAGGUUCUGUUCUGGGAACCAAGGAACUUAUUGAACAAUGUUCUAUCGGGGAGAUGUUUGGAAGGAUGUUGCUCAUGGUUACAGUUUCCAGUGAACACAGUCUGGGAAUAGAAUUAGAACACGUGUGACAAAACAUUUGUUUUUACUGCUCUAAUUACGUCGUUAAUUAUCUUCAAAAUGGAAUCUCCCUAUAACACAUGUUCUAUUGUUUCUACUAUGCUGUUGUUACUUAUAACCUGGGUGGUUCCAACCCUGAAUGCUGAUUGGCUGAUAUAGCCGUGGUAUAUCACACUGUAUGCCACGGGUAUGACGAAACAUUUGUUUUUACUGCUCUAAUUAAGUUGCUAACCAGUUUAUUAUAGCAAUAAGGCACCUCUGGGGUUUGUGGUACAUGGCCAUGAUACCGCGGUUAAGGACUGUGUCCAGGCACUCUGUGUAACGUCGUCUGUAAGAACAGCUCUUAGCCGUGGUAUAUUGGCCAUAUACCACAUGUCCUCUGACCUUAUUGCGUAUAUAUAUAUAUAUAUAUAUGGUCUGGACAUUCUGCUGUGAUGUUGAUGUCCUGGUAAACUGUUGUGGUUCCCAUCCACAGCCGAUGGAAGGAAUAAAAAAUCAUUCUGCUGCCUGUAAUCAGCCUGUUUGUUUCUAGAAGGAGAGCUCAGUCAAGUCAGGCCGGGGUUCAAUCCAAUAGUUUCCUUUAAAAUCUGCAUUGGCGUAAUCGGAUUGAAUCCCCGGCCUCAAUGUCACCUCCGAAUGACUCACUUCCUCCCAUCCCAUGUCCAGUCUGAAAUAGCAGUGAAGCAGCGCAAGGACAAAGCAGUUCUGUUGUUCCCCAACAGAAUAGAACAGUGGCCUGUAAUUGUUAGUCGUGUAUGUUUUGCUUCCAGUUCAGCUCCUCAAUGGGUGAAUCUCAAUUGUAUUUCCUUGGUUCCUUUCAUCCUCUCGCUUCAAAACACUUGGAUGAGGUCAGAGGUCACAACCCCUCUGACCGGCAACCUCAGAAUUAUAGUCACCAUUCUUCUUCUGUUGCUAAUAUAGAACAUUCAGUUGGUGGUAUAUGACCUGGCAGUAGCUUGAGUUCUGAAUGGAGAGUCUGUCUGACUGGGUGAGUCACUCCGGGAGCCGGUGGAGAUUUGAUGCCCUGUCACUACCUGGGUGCCUGGUCCUGCCCGUUAGCGCUGAUGAAGUCUCCUCUGGCUCCCGGAGUGACUCUCCCAGUCAGACAGACUCUCCAUUCAGAACUUAACAUUAACACAGCAGUGACUCUCCCAGUCAGACAGACUCUCCAUUCAGAACUUAACAUUCACACAGCAGUGCAGCGCCUCCCUUGGCUCUCGUCUCAUCGGCAAGGCAGGCACACAUUGUGGAGAGAAGGCUAGAGAGUCUGACUGCCGUGAGAGUGUAAUUUGAGACGGGGCCAGAAUGAAGAGGGUCAUUCAUAUUCAGUUGCAGUACAACUCUUGCUACUGCCAGGUCAUAUACCACCAACUUAAUGUUCUAUAUUAGCAACAGAAGAAGAAUGGUGACUAUAUAUUUCUGAGGUUGGCAAUGACGAAGCCAUGCAGAGGAUGAAAUGCUUUUGUUUAUUUAUUUUGGCGUAUUCCUCCUCAGAUGUUUUAAAAACCAUCUGGUGACGUCAUCAAAUAACCCUGGUGAAUAUCUCAUCUCAUUGGCUGCAAAAUAGUGUGCAGAUGAAUCUGAUAGGGCACUCUCCCUAACCAACCAGCUUCUUCCGUCAUGACUUGACUUCUUAUCUCUAACCCCUAUCCUUUGACCUCUAGCAGACUGUUAAAAUAGUGGUGUUCCUCUGCUAAUAUGUUGGUGACACAUCAGAUCUUAGGUAUAGGUAUUUUACGCAUCAGCUAACCACAUGUUAUAGCAAUCUGAUGCCCGAAGGAACAGUCGAUGAUGUGGCACGCAACCAUUGGUUGAUGCAGGGGAACAUCCACCUAUAUUUCCAGUACUGACCAGGUCCUUCCUGUGUUUAUGGACUCGUGGCUGUGAUGAAAUGAACGGGAACAACAAAAAACUAAAAUCUACUCUGUUUAGCUACAGAAUAUACAGUGGGGUCAGGAAUUAUUGGCACCCUUGAUAAAGAUUAGCAAAAAAGACAGCUCAGUAUUUGCAUUAUUUAUUUUACUAUGUUGUAUGCUCAAACUAUCCUGAACAAAAAUAUAAACGCAACAUGCAAACAUUUCUAAGAUUUUACUGAGUUACAGUUCAUAUAAGGAAAUCAGUCAAUUGAAAUGAAUUAAUUUGGCCCUAAUCUAUAGAUUUCACCUGACUGGGUGGGGGUGCAGCCAUGGGUGGGCCUGGGCCCAGCCAAUCAGAAUGGCCCGCAAAAGGGUUUUAUUACAGACAGAAAUACUCCUCAGUUUCAUCAGCUGUCCGGGUGGCUGGUCUCAGACGAUCUCGCAGGUGAAGAAGCCGGAUGUGGAGGUCCUGGGUUGGCGUGGUUACACGUGGUCUUUGGUUGUGUGGCCGGUUAGAUGUACUGCAAAAUUCUCUACAAAUGACGUUGGAGGCGGCUUAUGGUUAACAUUCUGGCAACAGCUCUGGCGGACAGUCCUGCAGUCAGCAUGCCAAUUGCACGCUCCCUCAACUUGAUCUGUGGCAUUGCGUUGUGUGUCAGAACUGCACAUUUUUCAUGAUUACUGAUCAAUUUCUUCAUACAUUUAUAAUUAGUAGGUUUUAUGUUUUAACAAAUAUUUGUUAUUUUGUACAUAUGUAUUGUAUAUCGUGGUGUGGUUUUCAUAACAUCUGCACACUUUUAUUUCAUUAGUUUUUUUGUAUUUAUCACUUGUUUUCUUUGCUGCAAAUUAUUUUUUUUGACUGGCCUUUUAUUGUCCACAGCACAAGGUGCACCCCUGUAAUGAUCAUGCUGUUUAAUCAACAUAUUGAUAUGCCACACCUGUCGGGUGGAUGGAUUAUCUUGGCAAAGGAAAAAUGCUCACGAACAGGGAUGUAAACAAAUUUUGUGCACAACUUUUUUUGAGAAAUAAGCAUUUUGUGUGUAUGAAAUAUUUCUGGUUUCUUUUAUUUCAACUAAUGAAACAUGGGACCAACACUUUAAAUAUUGCGUUUUAUAUAUAUUUUUUGUUUAGUAUAGGUGCCGGCACUGUUUAUAUUUAGGUGCUGGAACUCAACAAUACUUUUAACCUAAUUUUCUAUCAGAGGUUCAGGAACUGUUUAUAUUGAAGUGCAGGAACUGAAACAGUAGAAACUUCUGAGGUGCCGAUAUUCAGUUCCGGAGAGCUCCUGCCCAAGUCAAGCACGGCUUGAGUCCCAAAUGGACCCUGGUUCAAAAGUAGUGCACUAUGAAGGAAACAGGGUGCCAUUUGGGAUGCACCCCACAAAUAUUUAGCAAAUGUAUUAAGUAAAAAUAAAAAAAAAUGUAACGACGUUCUUCGUUUGUCGAAAGAGAGUCGGACCGAAAUGCAGCGUGUUUGUUACUCAUGUUUAUUAGUGAAAACAAAUAACGAAACUAUACAUGAAAUAACGAAUAAAUACAAAACAACAAAACGGAACGUGAAACCUAUUACAGCCUGACUGGUGAAACUACCACAGAGACAGGAACAAUCACCCACGAAAUACAAAGCGAAACCCAGGCUACCUAAAUACGGUUCCCAAUCAGAGACAACGAGAAUCACCUGACUGAUUGAGAACCGCCUCAGGCAGCCAAACCUAUGAAACACACACCCCUAAUCAGCUGCAAUCCCAAGAACUAAAAACCCCCACUAAAUACAACAAACAAUAAACCCAUGUAACACCCUGGCCUGACCAACUAAUAAACUAAAACACAAAAUACUAAGACCAAGGCGUGACAGAACC